AUGAUAGAUUUGACGAGGAGUGAGCAGAGGUUAUGUGAGGUGUUGAAUGGGUGUACGGCGGAGUUGCGAACGUCGGAUAGUGCACUGCGUCAGCUAGAGCUGCGUAUAGCUGGUGGGUGGGUGCGUGACAAGCUGCUUGGAAAGCCGUCCGACGACAUAGAUGUGGCCAUAACCCCAAUGAAUGGGCUACCAUUCGCUGAGGCGUUGGCAAAGUAUAUCGAAGCACACGCUGUGCACGAUAUCAGCGAUAGUGGCACGCCCGAAAAACCCACCAAGAUAUCCAUAGCACGCAUAAACGCUAACCCCGACCAAAGCAAACAUCUCGAAACAGCGAGGAUGAAAUUCCUGGGGUACGAGGUAGAUUUCGUCAAUCUACGCUCAGAGACGUACGCAACGGGCAGUCGUAUCCCUCAGAUGAACCUGGGGACGGCGGAGGAAGAUGCGUUACGACGUGACAUCACGAUCAAUGCGCUGUUUUACAACAUCCAUACGCGACAAGUGGAGGAUUACACUGGGCGUGGUGUGCAAGAUCUAGAGAGAGGUCUCGUACGCACGCCUUUGCACCCCGCUACCACUUUCGCUGACGACCCCCUUCGCGUUCUUCGUUGCAUCCGAUUCGCUACUCGUUACGGCUUUGCUCUCGAUCAGGAGAUUAUACUCGCCGCUAGACACGGCGAUAUUCGAAAAGGCGUAUGUGAGAAUGUCUCGCGCGAGCGCAUCGGUAUCGAGGUGGAUAAAAUGCUUAAUUCAUCCCGCCCACUCAGCGCACUGGAGAACCUGGCACAUACGCAGAUGCACGACGUGGUGUUUGGGUGGAGUGUGGGUGUGGAGGAUGUUAGGCAAGGUAGAGAAGAAAAUAUACAGUCACUGCGAUCCUCAUCAGCCUCAUAUGCGGUGGCUGGCGGACACAUCCUGCACCUUCUGCUGCACGCGCCGCACACACUUGGGCUGAGCACAGCGGUGAGUGAGCAGUUCAGCGCAGUGCUCCACGAUGCCACACUCACCCGCCGUCUAUGGAUGGCAGUUGCGCUCCUUCCCUAUUUCGGCAAGGCAGUGCGCGAGAAGAAGAAGGAGGUGAGUGCACCCGCGUCCAUCAUCAGCAAUGGGCUCAAACUGGGCAAUGCGGAGAGAAGUCAUGUGGAUAAUCUUGUGCAGGCGUGCGCGCAGCUGGAGAGAGAUGUGCGGAGUGUGGAUAAAAGCGACAGGGUAGCUGUCGCGUGUGCUUUACGGAGUGGUCACAUUCAUCGUCCGGUACAAGGCACACAUUGGAAUGCUUCUCUACUUUUCGCUCUCACUAAGGAACUCGCAGAGCCGUUUUACGCAGGUGGUUGCACAGACGACGCUUUGAAGGCUGGGGAAAUCACCAGCAUUGUUGGCACAUACAAUUCUUUUACGCAGGCUGCUCUCGACAUGCUUCAACUCCCACAUGAACUUGAGUCGAGACCUCUGGUAGACGGUAAACGCAUCCUUACCCUCUUGCAACUCAAACCUGGUCCUCAGAUGCAGGCUAUCAAUCAAUUGGUUCUCCUGUGGCAGCUGAGAUAUCCCCUUGGCUCACAAAGCCAGUGCGAGUCUUACCUGCUGUCGGAACAGCAGCAUGGAAGGAUAGGGGCGCCGGACAGGUGA